UUUCGGAACACUGCAUCCCCACUUUUUCUUCCACACAGCUGACUCUUGCGGGCCAUGUGGCAGCUAAACUACCUGAAUAUUGACUGUUUUUUACUAAUAAAUAACAUACGUACUAAUUUUUUUUUUGUUAGUGAACAUAAGUGGAAUUGUGAAGUGAUUUGUUAAAUAAUAAUGGCGCCCCCUACAAAAAGCAGUAAACAAGCUACUAGAGGAGCAAAACAGAUUGUCGAGGAAAAUGCAUCGACACUCCAAUUUUACAGAUAUAUGAUUUUUGGAGCAUUUGUGACAUAUCUUGUGAUCAUGAGUAUUUUAUUUGAAUUCACAACGAAAACUACAUUGUUGACGUCACUUGCUGGUAUGGUUUUUACUGCAAGUUAUCAAUUCAUGUCAUACAUGGCAAGAGCAAAGUACAUGGAAUCUGGACAACUAUUAGACUCUGGGGUUGACUUAAAUAUGGAAGGAGGAAUAGCAGAACACGUGAAGGAUUUGAUCAUCCUCACAUCUGGAGUACUGGUUCUCUCGCUGAUCUCAAAUUAUUUCUGGUUUCUGUGGCUAUUGGCACCGUUGAGAGCAUUGUGGAUGCUAUGGGUGAACAUCAUAUCUCCAUGGAUAUUCGCUGAACCACCCGCGCCCACGGAAAAAGAUGAAAAGAAGCAAAGAAAACUUGAGAGAAAAAUGGCGAGACCGAUGUACAAAAGUCAUUAAACUUGAAUGUUGCCUAAUGGAAUUUAUAGCAAAGUGGUUUUUAAACGAAUGGUUAGUCAGAA